AUGGGGAUAAAUUCAUUUCAGAUACAUGGACUUAGAGGGUGUGCACCUCUUAUUAUAAGAGAACCAGAUAUAAGUAACUGGAUGAAGCCGCUGGACGCACCUUUAAUUGAGAUAGCCUUUUAUAGUAGUUGCAGCCGCACGCAAAAAUUGUUUCUUUUUGUUAUUGAAAUACGUUGUUACUUAUCGAUCUUAAGAUCGGUUUUUGCAUUACGUGUUCUCCAACUUCAUCAGACACCAUCAGUCCAUGAUUCUAAACCAGAAGAGGAAGACGCCUCCGCAAAAUUAACAUCAAUUCAAGUUACUCAGGAGAAUACGGAAAUUGUGAAUAGCGAUGAGAAGAACAUUGCGGUGAACGUUCCUGGAGCUAAACUUCAAAGUCUCAUUUGGGAUGAUGCUGUACGGAGAAGCGAUAAUGAAAGGCACAGUCCUUCUUCAGCUCUGAGGGAUGAUAUAGAUGACGACAGCUCUGAGCGAUUCCAUGAAUAUGAAGUACCACCACCACCAUAUGUAGCAGAACAACCUCGUCAAGAAACACUCCCUAAGGCAGGCCUGGGCAAGUUGCAGCCCGCGGGCCACAUCCGGCCCACGGCAACAUUUCAUCCGUCCCGUGAGCAGGCUGAAGAUCUCCCUAUGAGACGUCGAACACCACCAUCUUCCGAUGACGAAAACAAACCUCAUGACCCGCCACCUUCGAUAGCAGACACUGAAAUAGAACGGGAUUUUUCAUUUCCCAGUUCUUCUGUCAUGGGUGAAGAAACAACGCCGAAAAAAGAAAAGCCAGCUGAAGAUCUCCCUAUGAGACGUCGAACACCACCAUCUUCCGAAGACGAAAACAAACCUCAUGACCCGCCACCUUCGAAAGCAGACUCUGGAAUAGAACGGGAUUUUUCAGUUUGCAGUUCUUCUAUCGUGGAAACAAUGCAGGAAAGCGAAAAGCCGAACAUUGCGGUGAACGUUUCUGGAGCUAAACUUCAAAGUCUCAUUAGGGAUGAUGCUGUACGGAGAAGCGAUAAUGAAAGGCACAGUCCUUCUUCAGCUCUGAGGGAUGAUAUUGAUGACGACAGCUCUGAGCGAUUCCAUGAAUAUGAAGGACCACCACCACCAUAUGUAGCAGAACAACCUCGUCAAGAAACACUCCCUAAGGCAGGCCUGGGCAAGUUGCAGCCCGCGGGCCACAUCCGGCCCACGGCAACAUUUCAUCCGUCCUGCGAGCAGGAGGAUUUUGUGUAUGAUGACGAAAACCAACCACAUGACCCGCCACCUUCGAUAGCAGACACUGAAAUAGAACAGGAUUUUCGCAGUUCUUCUGUCAUGAGUAAGAAGAUAAUGAUAACAGUAUACCAGGCUGAAGAUCUCCCUAUGAGACGUCGAACACCACCAUCUUCCGAAGACGAAAACAAACCUCAUGACCCGCCACCUUCGAUAGCAGACUCUGGAAUAGAACGGGAUUUUUCAGUUUGCAGUUCUUCUGUCAUGGGUGAAGAAACAACGCCGAAAAAAGAAAAGCCAACUGAAGAUCUCCUUAUGAGACGUCGAACACCACCAUCUUCCGAUGACGAAAACAAACCUCAUGACCCGCCACCUUCGAUAGCAGACUCUGGAAUAGAACGGGAUUUUUCAGUUUGCAGUUCUUCUAUCGUGGGUGAAGAAACAAUGCAGGAAAGCGAAAAGCCGACUACCAUUCCGUCAUUCUUGCCCAGACAACGUGAUGAAUUUAUAGACAAUUCGUUCAAUCCAUUUUCCUUUACUGUCGGUCGUAAUGGAUGCGUUGUGAAGACUCCAUAUGCUGAAAUUAUAUUUCCUUGCGAUGCGGUCGAUGAAAAGAUAGAAAUAACAGUCCGACCUGACUAUUACAGAUUGAAAGAAAAGCUGAUUGAUGAUUCUCGCAUAUACGUUUCACCAGAAAUAUUUUUUGAAUCAAAGGACGAGAUGACGUUUAAGAAUGAAGUGACAAUAUACCUGGAAGUCAUGUACUCUGCAAUUGAUCCUGACGAUCCACUUAUUCUUAAUGUUGAGAGGAUUGACGAUGGUGUUGUGGAGAAAUAUUUGAAGUUGGAGCAUGGACAAGGUACAAAAGCUGAAUUCAAAGUUAAUACCUUCUGUGGGUUCUGCAUCUCUGCUCUGAAAUCUGAGUAUCCAAAAGCCAAACGGCAUUUUUACUCAAUUAUUUGUCUUCGUCAGCCUCCUAAAGAAACUCCAACGCAUCAUCAUGUCCACUGGUAUAUAUUUGAUCAUUGUGAGAUUGAACAUCGUAGCAAAACUGAGGCGAUAAAAAAAUUGGGUUUUUACACUCUGGGACUGCCUGAAAGUUUUGCUGUCAAGUACGGCAGAAAUAUUCGGCUGCGGUUCCAGUCGAAUCGAAAAGUUCGAAUUGCAAGCAGAAAAGUCGAACUGGUGCAAUUUUGGGGUGACCCAUUGAGCAGAGAUGAAAAAUUCACCAUUGAUGGCAAUAAGAUAGAUCUUUCAGGGGGUGAAGAUGAUGAAGAGCCGGUGAUAAAGUAUACUAUAACUGAGAUAGAUGCAUCGAAUGAAGAAACAUCCGUUGUACUGGAUAACUCUGUACCAUUUAGUUGGCUGGUCCCUGCUUACAAAACAGAGUUUGUGAUGAAGGGUGAUAACAGUGUUGGUGUUCAAAACACAUACUAUGAACAUACUAGAAUGGAAAUACCAGCAAAGCAAACACCGCACAGUGGCCAAGUAGCACAAAAUCCAAACGAAGGAAACGCUGUGGAUGCAGUUUAUCAAGGGCAGUCUUGUGACAUACAGGAACGAAGAUUCAACCAAUGUCCGGCUGGUGGAGCCAUAGGUGGUCACAACCCUGAUGAUCACCGAAGAAAUGCACGUAUAAAUUACGGAAGCAUGCCUUCGCAAAGGUAUAACCCCACAUCUCAAGGUCAAUUAACCUCAGAUGAUAGGGCCCACUCAAGUCAAGGCCAGAAUGUGGUCGGUUAUAACUCAACAGAGACUGUUGAUUAUAAAAAUAAUGAAGAGCAUCUGCACAGCAAUCAGCAUCAACUACCAGGAAAUCGGUCCAAAGAUUUUGAGAAUGAACAGCAAAUGGGGGAAUCAAGUGGUCAGAGAAUCCCAAAGCUUAGCGAUUCAAAAAGUAGUGGAGGGUCUAGAAAAAAAGAGAAAGGAAAAAAGGGUUGGAAAAGGUAUUUACAGAAGAAGUAAAAAAACUAUUUCAUGUCUACAAGAAAGUUUCCAGUCUUCAAUAAACGAAUAGAUUUUAUAUAUACGGUAUAUAAAUACUGAUGGGAUCUCAAUUCAUAAACGACUUUGGGCUUUCCUGGAUGAAGUUCAGAUGUUUGUCACUUUACCAUUUUCAUUAUUUUGCCAUUCAAAAGUUCUGAGCAAUGAUGAUAAUAUUUGUAUAUAUUUGAUUUGUCCUUUAAUAGUUAAAAAUAUUGUCAAGAAUUAAACUUUCUGACGCCCUUGAAGAGCCCAACACAAUGGCAUUCUCCCAGAAAUGUUGUGAGCCUUGAAAUAUAAUGAUUUGUGUAAUUACUUACACUUAGCAAUUGGGGUGUAUAUAAUUACACAAAACUGUAAUAUUUCUUUGAAUAGGAUCUCCAUGUUUACCAAUGUGGCUGUAGUUAUCGACUGGCAAAAUUUAUUUUACUGGUCAUGAUUGGAUGUAACUGCAACGCUUGAUUACCUUAACUUAACCAUAUUUAGACUAACCAGAUUAGUCUAACGCUUGAUUACCUUAACUUAGCCAUAUUUUUAUGUUGAAGGGUCCUGCAAUUCUCCUACAUAUUAUCGUGGGGUGGAUACAUAAUGAUUAGCAAAUUGAUAGGCAAUCUUAUUUCCAAGUAAUUUUAAGCUAGUUGGACAGACACGAAGAGAACCUAUGGAUCGUUUUGUGGUUCAUGUUGCUGUAAAAAAAAUCGCUUCUCUUCAACUGCUGGACCAAUAGCUUUGAAAUUUUCAGUGGCUAAAGAUUACUGUUGUCGCUAGAAUAUCUAUUAUUGCGUUUAAAAAAAACUUGUGGGCCUUUUGUGGGAUUAUGUGUGAAAACAUCAUCAAAAUUGCGCACUGUGGAAGUUCGCAUUCUUUGCUAUCUGGUGAUCAGCCGAAAUUGGAAAGUCUGUAUUUGCCGUAAAAGAUUAGAUACCCUACCAAUUCGUUUUGAUCUUUGUGUCCAUAUAUUUUAGCAUUGCUCUCUUUUUUGAACUUUUAUUAUUUACCCGUAUCUUUGAAUCUAUAAAUAUAAAUGAGCUACAUUAAUCUGUGCAGAUUUUAAAUUUUUUCAGAAUAUAAUUUUUAAAAUUUGAAAGAUUGUUUUUUCCUAGUGAGUUAAAUGAUUUUAUAUUGUAAAAGACUACGAGUAGUUUGAUUAUAAACUGAAAAC